AUGCCAUUUAGCUGUCCACCCCACAUCAUCAGGGCCUACAAGAAUGGUGACUUUACCGACCUUGUCAUCAGCUGCGGCAGCUUGAUAUUCGAUGUGCACUCUGUUGUUGUGGGCUCAGGAUGCGAGUUUUUCGCGAAGAGUCUCAAAUUCGGUGGAAAGGAAGCCGAGGAACGAUGCAUCGAUCUGCCGGACGAUGACCCUGAGAUGGUCCGACGUUUGAUCUCAUACCUUUACUUGGGCGACUAUGAUCCUACCGGUGACUUUGGCAUCGCCGCUCUCGAACAGCUCAAGCAAUACGAGUCCAACACAACAGCUUCGCCCGCUCACCAUCACCGCGUAUUCAGCAGCUCUCGGCUUUACGAUCGGUGCGCUUGCCUUGCAUUGAACACAAAGAACGUUGAGCAGCCAGCCUUGGACAGGAAAGCACCCCACUGCAUCAAAACACGAAUGCCUGACAACAGCAUCGAGGUUGCGAAUCCACUUACGAUUCACGCGACAAUGUAUGCGCUCGCGGAUAAAUACCAGGUGGAUGGGCUCAGCCAGGUGGCAAAAGCCAAGUUCCAGGAGAGUCUGGAUCGCCAUGUCGAUUCAGAGGACUUCAUAGCCGCAGUGCAACUGACCUAUAGGAACACUCCAGAGUCCAACCGCGGUCUUAGAGACGUGAUAGUGCAAGCUUUUCUUUCGUACUUCAAGGUCGACAUCACCGAGUUACCUGGGCUUGAGUCGAAGCUGGACACUAUUGAUGAGUUGUCUUUUCUGCUCCUCAAAUCCUGGCCGAGGAAGACGGAACCUACGAGCACUCAGAAACCUGUGUCGUCUGGAUCCGUUGCUCACACGACUCCUAACGUAGCUACUUCUGCUGCUCCACCUACCUCCAAUACCCCCUUGCUUUUUCAGACAGCAGGCACAACCACCUCAACGGCAAAUGCUUCCGCUAGUACUCUAGCCACAGGCAGCUUGUUUGGAGGUUUUGCACCACGUACUUCAGGCGGAUCUGGAAGCUUUCAGUUAUCUCCUAGUACACUGGGAAUGCACAGACAAGUCAACCAUCUUUGA